AUGCAGUCGUACAGAACCUGUGUUGUUGGAGAUCCAUCCUCAUUGGUCAGUGUUGAGGAUGUUCGUAAUGCAGUUAAUUGUGAAGCGGGGUGUUUCCCCAACCGUUUCGUUGUAAACAUCUCCGCUGAUUUGUACGAAAAGUUACGAGCUGCCGAUGCGACGACAGAUUACGAGGUCCAUAGCGACGUUUGUGAUGAAUCCUUUUUUGCUGUCGGAGAUACAUCCGGCAUCAAAGGUUUAUUUGCAAUUUCUCAUGAUCCAUUCGUAAACCCUGUCAAUGGCGACGCACCUAGCACAGAGCAUGGCGAUCGUUUAGCAAGUUCCAACCCAAAGGUCGAAGACGAAUGGAACGUCGAUUGGGAGGAUUACAUGAUGACCAUUCUAAAUGAUCCAACGCUGCAGGUCGACCAGGAAUCUUUUCCCCUGUAUUUGAUGUUUGGCAGGAUUCCAGAGGAAGAUUCCGUGCUUUCGAUCUUUGGAAUUCCCUCUGAAGAUUCAUUAGCGUUUUCCGCCUUAAUCCUCCGAUCGAGGGAUUGUUGCUCCUCAUCAAAUAGUGUCUUGUAA